GAUUCUAGGCCGAUGGGCGCAGCACUGGCCGAUAAGCCCCGACGGAGCUUGCUGGAGGAUCCGGCCCCACUGGCGCGGCAGCGGUUUGCUCGACGAAGUCCCUCGGUGAAGACAACAGGAGUGUGCGCGGUCGGUCAGCCCCGUUUGCCCGAUCGGAUCUCGGUGUCGUCGACGUGCGUGUCGGCGAAGAUUAUUUCCCGAGGCCGGCCAUUUGUAGAGCUGACUUUCUGGUGGGCCUGAAGUCGAUGCUGGCCACUGGGACCUGCUGACCGGGAACGCCGCUGCUUCAGGUGUGGGCGGCAUGUCUCACCACAGCGACGAGGCCCUGCUAGUGGCUGGCAGCGAAAGCUUCUGGGAGCCCGGCAACUACAAGCGCACGAGCAAGCGCACGGAGGAUGGCCACCGGCUCUGCUCUGACCUGGUGCAGCUGGUGCAGGAGCGGUCGGAGGUGGAGAAGGCCUACGCCAAGGGACUCAGGGCCUGGGCACGCAAGUGGGCGGACCUCAUCGACAAGGGGCCCGAGUACGGCACCACGGAGGCUGCCUGGAAGGGGGCCCUGCUCGAGGCCGAGCGCACCUGCGAGAUGCACCUCCGCGUCAGGGACCGCCUGCUCAACGACGUCGUGCCGCAGGUGAAGGGCUGGCAGAAGGAGAACUUCCACCGGUCGAUGAUGCAACUGCGGGAGCGGCGGGAACUGGACGAAGCUUUCAAGAAGGCCCAGAAGCCCUGGGCCAAGCUACUGGCCAAGGUGGACCGGUCACGGACAGAUUACCAUGCGGCAUGCAAGGGGGAACGCUCUGCCACUAACCAGGAACGCAACGCAGGGGCCGACACGUCUCUGUCCCCGGACCAGGUGAAGAAGCUGCAGGACCGCGUGCAGCGCUGCAAGGAGGAGGUGCAGCGCACGCGCGAGCGCUACGAGGCCUCGCUGCAGGAGAUCAACGAGUACAAUGCCAAGUACAUGGAGGACAUGACUGUGGUCUUCGACAAGUGCCAGGAGUUUGAGCAGCGCCGCCUGCACUUCUUCAAGGAGAUGCUCUUUGGCAUCCACGCCUGCCUCAACAUCUCCACAGACCCAGAGCUGCCGCAGAUCUACGAGGAGUAUCGGCACACCAUCCAGAAUGCGGAUGCUUCCAAGGACCUCAAGUGGUGGUCCAACAACCACGGGGUCGGGAUGGCCAUGAAUUGGCCACAGUUUGAGGAGUACUCCGAGGAAUUCCGGGACAUCGUCGGGAAGAGCAAGAAGGCGGCCAUUCCGGAGAGCGGCAUCACCCUCGUCAACCAGCACAAGAUUGGCGAAGAGCUGCCCGAGUACACCCCCGAGGUGCAGCAGAUCCACCGCAAGGAGAAGAAAGCCCUGGACGCAGGGGGCAUCACCCUGACGAGCGUGAGCACGCGGGCAGACGGCGCCCCCGUGGCCACGGCCCCCAAGGCUGGUUCGGGCCCCAAGAGGGACAAGGACGUCAAGGACGGGGGCACAGCAUCGAACCAUGCCGCCCUCAACGCCCGCAACAACCCCUCAGCCAACAACAACAACACGAACGGGCGUGGAGGAGAGGCCAACCCGUUUGACGAGGACCACGAGGACUGGGACGAGGAGUCCAACGAUGCGCUGGUGGACACCGGGGAGCCGGGGGUGCCCGUGCGUGCACUCUACGACUACGAGGGCGCCGAGGCAGACGAGCUCUCCUUCAAGCAGGGGGACCAGUUUGAGAAGCUGGAGGACGAGGACGAACAGGGCUGGUGCAAGGGCCGCAAGGACGGCCGGGUCGGACUCUACCCCGCCAACUAUGUCGAGGUGGUCCCCUAGCUUCCCCCCUGCCCGCCCCCCGGCGGCGGUCGCGCGACCGGCCGCGCCACCCGCGCAACUUUCGGCGGCGUCCCGCAAGCACCCUUCGACAGACUGUGUGUGAUUCCUCCUCCGACGGGCGCCUCGUGACGCGGCCGGUUGAGGUGCCCCGAGGGACGCCGUGCCAUCUCCGUCGUCCGCUCCAAGCGUCCUCGGUUCGGUUUGGCGAGGCGUGGUACGCCGAGAUCAGGGAGUGGGGGAUGCCGACGCCCGCCUAGACGAGUCUCGAAGACGGUGGCUGGGCUUCUGUCGCGUCUUUUUUAGGUUUCUGGCCAAGUCGGGCACUCUCCGGGCGUCGAGCAAAUGCUCAGGUGACUUUAAGCCAGCCUCAGAUUUGUUGCUCGUUUUUUGUUCCUUCUUCCAAGCGAUUGCAGGUCGAAGGAACAAUUUUUUUUUUCCUUUCACUUUUAUUUUUUUUUUUUUUUCCAACUUCCAGAUUGUUGAGAAGAGGCAAAGUUAAACAGGGGCCUCUAAUUUAAGAGCAUAGUUUUUAGCUGCGGAGUUUCUUUUUUUCUUUGGAGUUUUUAACAAAGUUUUUUUCGGGGAUCUCUGACAAAUAAAUGAAGUGUCGCUGACAGCACGGUUAAGCCACACGAGCGUCACCCCUCCGCACUGCCCAGUGCUCUCGUCCAAGGGUCCUCCAAACUGCCACGGGGAAAACGAGCUUCCCUGCACGGCUUUUGACAGAGACUUUUUACUGUCGCUCCCUUCCGUGGGGAAGCCUCGUCUGUGUCGCAGCGCCAUCGUAGGUCGUGCGCACCGACUGUGCAGCGUCUGUGCAUUUAAUGCGUCGUCCUUCCCACUUUCUCCAGGCAUAACGAAAGGCCUGCAGGCCCGUGUGCAUGGAAACGCUAUUUUUCUGGCGAGAGUGGCGUCGAGCGUGUGUUUGGGCCUCCACGCCUGUACAUAAAUCCAGCAGUGCAAUGCAGCGUGGAGGUCGGUACUCGGGAGUUAUAACCAGGAUACUUGCAUCUUUGCCCACCCCCUCCCCCCAGUAGCAACCGUUUUUUGGGGAGAAAGUGGGCAACUUACCUUCCUAUGUAACCGUUGGCCUUGGUUCGAGCGACUGACUAGCAAGAGGCAAGGUGUUUGCGCGCUUGCUUCUAGGCACUAAGUGUUCUCAGUUUGUACACUCAUCUGUUUUUUUGCAGGGAUUACUUUCGUUUGUUUUUGGAGAAAUAUAUCUGACAAAGGUCUCAGUGUCCUUUGUUUGCUUGUUUUUUUCCAAGUUGGUGGCUCUGUUUGUUUUCUGUGGCUUUCGGUUCGGAGACUACGGAGACUCGAGAAAUGUUGCCCUCUAGGAUGUGCGGUCUUUUGUUGUGCCUCUAGAUGUGAAGAUUUUUCUCCAUUGAACUCCUAGUGCCCUGUAAAUAAAAUUUACUCCAGUGCAAA